AUUUGUCACUAACUGCUACCACGGCUCCUCUCAGAAUCAUCCUGCUUCCGUCUCUUGUGAGGAACGGAAUAGCGCCCCGCGUUAAGCAGGUUGCAGCAAUGGCCACUCAAGCCACUAUCCAGCGACAGGCGGUCAAAGGGGCAUGCGCAAAAGAUACAAGAAUAUUACCGGUUCGGAGCCUUAACGUGCCGGGUCAAAGCAUAGGGGAUAUCGAAAGGCGAUGGGAGGCGGAAAAGGACCAAGGCAGUCCCGAAGCGCAGGCUCUUCUAGAGGCCGCAGAGGCCCUGCGUACAAGUGACACACCAGUCGCGUUCCCGACAGAGACAGUCUAUGGCCUAGGAGCGGAUGCGACGAGAAGCGCGGCCGUCCAGGGAAUCUACAGAGCAAAGCAACGGCCGUCAGACAACCCCUUAAUCGUCCAUGUCAGCUCUAGGGAACAGCUCGAGCGUCUGCUCCGACCACCAGGAUGCCCUACGUCAAAUCAAAAUAGUCUCCAAACUUCCUCCCUUAUCCCACCUAUAUAUGAACCACUAAUAGAGCGAUUUUGGCCCGGUCCUUUGACAAUAUUAAUCCCGAAUCCGAAGCAUUCUCCGCUCGCUCCGGAGGUUACUUCCAAUCUCUCCACUUUUGGUGUCCGGAUGCCCUCCUCUUCUCUGGCCCGUCUACUUAUUAAACUUGCCGACCGUCCACUAGCUGCCCCGUCUGCGAAUGCCUCCACGAAACCAUCCCCAACCACUGCCCAGCAUGUAUAUGCAGACCUUCACGGACGCAUUGAUAUCAUUUUGGAUGGGGGAUCUUGUGGAGUGGGCGUGGAAAGCACCGUCGUCGAUGGGUUGAAUCACCCACCCGCAAUCCUGCGGCCCGGUGGGGUUGGAAUCGAAGAAAUACGCGCAUGCCGAGGCUGGGAAGAUGUGCGCGUUGGGUAUAAAGACGGUGCUUUGCCGGGUAAAAUGACUCCCAGGGCUCCAGGAAUGAAAUAUAGACAUUAUUCCCCGAGGGCCAAGGUCGUGUUGUUUGAAACUGGUCAGGAAAUGCCAUCGGUUGUGAGGCGAAUACUCAAUGAGCAAUCACCCUCAAGCCCUCUAAAAAUAGGCGUUAUACGGACCAAAACUUGGCAGAAAGGCCUAACAAUGCGCAUCCAACAGGAUCUAACGGCCCCCGUCAAUGGACAUUGUGAUGCGGCUUCCUCAUCUGACCUACAUGAUGAUAUCCCUUCGCCCUCCGUUUUUCCACUUCACCGGUUAUCUGUCGUUCCUUCCAGCCCGGAUUCGGGCUCUCCUCCAUGCACAAUUGAUAUGCUAGAUGUCUUUCUCGGACAUGAUCUCCACUGUAUCGCAAGAGGACUCUUCUCGGCUCUGCGCAGUCUGGACGAGAAUGACGUUUCUACAAUCUAUGUCGAGGGCAUUGCGGACACGGAUGGAGAUCUAGCAGCAGCAAUCAUGAAUAGAUUACGGAAGGCCGCUGAAGAGGAGAUUAAAAGCUAA